ACAGGAUCAUCUCGGCUCUCAAGCGCGAUGACCCCGAAGACGAGCUGGCUCUGGCCAACAUCAUCAUCUUCUCGUGCCAUGGCACAAGCUUGGACUUGACGCCUUGCUUUGAGAAUGAUGGCCUCGCGGAAAUCGUGAGCGCGGUAGGUAUCUUGCCCCAGCGCUCACCGCACAUCCUAAUUCAUAUCAGAACAUCCAACGUCACGCAAACCAAGGGCCACUGCCAACGUCAGACCCUACGUCGGCGUGCGCCGCAAGUCUACGACUUUUGUCGACACUAGCUGCUCGCUACGAGGACCAGGCACAUCGGUUCAUCCACGCCGUCGACCCUGUGCUGGACAUGCUGUCCAAGAUGACCAUCCUGACGCCCCCGCUCCAAGCGCCCGUGUCCAUCCUCGUCAACUGCCUGCCUGUACUGCCUCUCAGUAAGAAGAAGGACAUUGAGGUCAGCGCCGUGGACAAGCUCAUGGAGAUUCUGAGCGAUUGCAUCAACUUCUACGGUACACAGGACAAGGAAUCCGAAUUCCUCCCUCUCCUCCUGGCCAUCAACCACAUGUCUCAGUCGGAUGCCAAAGCAGCAAAGGAGCGACUCCAGCACAAGAUUAUACCGAGCGAAGAGGAUCGAAAGGAGGCGCUCGGCAUGGGUCAGUCAUUGCCACACAAACUGCUCCACAUGUCCAACAUGUCCAUGUUCCCCGAGGUGCGCGAGGUGAUCAUGACCACAUUCUUCGAAUUAUCCGAGAGAGACCCCUCGCUUUUCGUACACAAUGUUGGGUUCGGCAACGCUGCGGGAUACUUGAAUUCCAAAGGCAUCGAGAUCUCGCAAAAGGAGCUCGGGUCGGCGGUUGGACCUGACGUCAACCCCAUCACUGGCCAGAGGCUGGACGCUGAGCCUGAGGUGGAAAUGCCGGAGAUGACGGAUGAGGAGAAGGAGCGCGAGGCGGAGCGCUUGUUUGUGUUGUUUGAGAGGCUCAAGGCUACGGGCGUCAUGGACGUGGAAAACCCAGUCACGGCGGCAAUGCAAUCGGGGCGGAUCCAGGAGUUACCCGACGACGCAAGCGAUGAUGAUGAUAGUGAUGACAACAGCAAGGGUAAAAAGUCAUAGGCAGGGACAAGAGAGAGAUCAAACG